GGGACGGCAAGGAGAGGGAGAGACACGGAUGAGGGGAGAAGAGAGGUGGAGGAGAGACAGAACCUACAGCUUCACUCGUUUCCUCUGCAAGGAUUUAGGAAACGCCUUCCUGAGCAGAGAGGCUUCAAGCCGGCGUCUGCUUACCGACCGCUGAGCUGGAAGAACUGGGGAUGUGGCACGCAGGGGGGGGCGGCUGCAUGAGCUGGGAGUCUCAUUAGGAUUUGGAUCUUCAAUGGCCCCUAAGCCUUCGCUCCAUGGAUGUGUCCAGUAGCUGAGAGGUGGGAAAAAAAUGACGAACCCAUUCCUGCUCGCCGUUUGAGGAUGCUGCUCGGUUAGCAAAGCCAGCCGAGAGGAGCUCUACGCCUCUUUCACGGCUUUACCUCUGGACACAAAGCAGGCACGCAGGAGUCGGCUCUGUGAGGCACCGCCAUGCUGAUCAAGGAGUACCGGAUCCCCAUGCCCAUGAGUGUGGAGGAGUACCGCAUUGCUCAGCUCUACAUGAUCCAGAAAAAGAGCAGAGAGGAGAGCUGUGGUGAGGGCAGCGGAGUAGAGAUCCUGGAGAACAAACCUUACGAGGAUGGCCCUGGAGGCUCGGGUCAGUACACUCACAAAGUCUAUCACAUCGGCAAACACAUCCCCUCCUGGUUCUGUGCCAUUCUGCCUCAAGCCGCUCUUCGUGUGGAGGAAGAGUCCUGGAACGCCUAUCCCUAUACAAGAACCCGGUACACCUGCCCAUUUGUUGAGAAAUUCUCCAUAGACAUUGAGACGUAUUAUAAACCAGACACUGGAAAUCAAGAGGAUGUCUUUAAUCUAUCCUCUGCUGAAAAGAGGCAGAGGACUGUCGACCCUAUAGACAUCGUCAAGGACUACAUACCUCCCAAUGAAUACCUGGUGGAAGAAGACCCUAAACUCUACCAGUCAGUUAAAACCAGACGGGGGCCGCUGAAUGAGGACUGGAUCGAGGAGAUCAACCAGAAUCCUGAUCAGACUAUCGUCAUGUGUGCCUACAAGCUCUGUAAAGUAGAGUUCAGAUACUGGGGUAUGCAGUCCAAGAUCGAACGCUUCAUACACGAUGUAGGUCUGCGUAAAGUGAUGGUCCGAGCCCACCGGCAAGCGUGGUGCUGGCAGGACGAGUGGUAUGGUCUCACCAUCGAGGACAUCCGGCAGCUCGAGCUGGAAACCCAGUUAGCUUUGGCCAAGAAGAUGGCCCAGUACAGCCUCAGUGAGGAGGGCGGGGCAGAGACCAAUGGCUCGUCUGCAGGCCAGGAGCAGGAACAGGCAGGAGAUAACCUGGGGUUGGCUGCAGAGGCCGAGGGAACGCGAGGAAAGCUUGGAGACUCUCUGGAAACACGAGGGGAGCUCACCAAGCAGUGGUCCACGUCUUCUAGAUCGUCCAACAGGUCAUCAAAGAGAGGAACAAGUCCGUCUCACCAAAGCAUUUCAGAGUGGAGGAUGCAGAGCAUUGCUCGGGAUUCUGACGACAGCACUGAUGAUGAGUUCUUCGAUGCUCACGAGGACCUUUCUGAUAACGAGGAGAUGUUUUCCAAGGAAAUCACCAAGUGGAGCUCUAAUGAUCUCAUGGACAAGAUAGAAACAAUAGAAGUGGAUGAAUCACAAGAAUCCUAUCAGGAGUCUACUGAUGAGUACAGCAUCACAGAGGACACCCAGAUGGAGGACCCGUCCCAGCAGUGUCCCCAGCCGUCCAAAAUCCAUGUCCUUAUUCUGGUCCUGCAUGGUGGUAACAUACUGGACACAGGCUCUGGCGAACAGAACAAUAAACAGGGAGACGUGAACACGCUGAGUGGAGCUUUUGAGACAGUAAUGAGGGUCCACUAUCCUACUGCUCUUGGGCGCAUCGCCAUCCGGAUGGUCCCCUGUCCUGCUAUUUGUGUUGAAGCUUUUUCUCUUGUCUCCAAUUUAAGUCCCUACAGCUACGACGAGAGCUGCCUGUCCAGCAGCCAGGACCACAUCCCGCUGGCUGCUCUGCCUCUCCUGGCUACCUCUGCGCCGCAGUACCAAGACGCUGUGGCAGCAGUUAUCCUCAGAGCCAAUCAGGUUUACAGUGACUUCAUCAAGUCUCCUGAGGGAGCAUCUUUUAGCGGCCAGGUUUGUGUGAUUGGGGACUGUGUGGGAGGGAUCCUGGGGUUCGAUGCUCUUUGCAGCAGCUCUGUGACGGUGUCAGAAAGCCAGAACAGCAGCAGACGGGGCAGCGCCAUUAGCGUCCAGGACACAGAACUCCUUUCUCCUGGUAUUAUCAUAAACAGCAUCUCCCCAUCCCUCGAAGGAAGCCGCCAUCUUAGCCGCAGCAACAUAGACAUCCCGCGCAGCUCAGGGCCGGACGACCCCAAGAAACAGCUUCCACGCAAGCGUAGCGACUCUUCCACGUAUGAGCUGGACACCAUCAAACAACACCAAGCCUUCCUCUCCAGCCUGCACUCUAGUGUUCUCCAUGGGGAACCCGGGUCACGGCGCUCCAGUAACAGCACCAUGCUGGAGGGGGGCUCCUUGGGAAAGUUUGACUUUGAAGUAACCGACUUCUUCCUGUUCGGCUCUCCGCUGGGGCUGGUGCUUGCUCUGAGAAGGACUGUGGUCCCCUCCUUAGAUGUGUCAGCUCUACGGCCAGCCUGUCAGCAGGUUUACAACCUGUUUCAUCCAGCAGACCCCUCAGCCUCCCGCCUCGAGCCUCUCCUUGAAAAGAGAUUUCACCUGUUGCCUCCUCUCAGCAUCCCGCGCUACCAGCGCUUUCCUCUGGGCGAUGGACUCUCAGCUCUUCUAGUUGACACUGUGCAGAGUAACCCACAGCUUCUGAUGGAGUCAGGUGGUGCAGCUUCGCUCCGCUGCCAUGAGAGCCCUACCAGUGAGACCUCCAUCCUUGUUCCAGUCCUGAACUCACAGACCUCUCUGGUCCACGCUGAGGCUGAUACUCUCCAGUCCAAUUUAUAUGCUGAUGGUCUGUGCCCAGCUUCCACAUCGCCAGGUGUUCCUCAUCUUCGCUGCAGUCGCAGGGCCAGCGAGGCCAGCAUAGCCAGCCAGGUGUCUGGCCUAGCCGACUCUUACACAGCUAACAACAUCGCCACCACGGACAAACAUGAAGAGAGCCACACAAAAAGGCCCAGCCUGCUGUCACAGCUGCAUCUGCCUCAUAAUAGAUUUGCCUCACGGAGGGCAACGUUUCGCUUGCACAACAAAAUCCGUCGGGUGUUCCCGAGAGCUAACGGUGUGGAAUCUGAGCAUAGCUCAGAUCUUAGCACUGACGUGACCUCUGACAUCACUGAUGUCACAUCUGACAUCACAGACAUCAGCUCGGUGCCCCCUUCGCCCAGGCUGCUGAAGCACAUAGAGCAAGUUGCCUCACGCUGGUGGGGGAGUAAGCGCAUGGACUACGCUCUCUACUGCCCAGAUGCUCUGACAGCAUUCCCGACCGUGGCUCUGCCUCAUCUCUUCCACGCCUCCUACUGGGAGUCCACAGAUGUUGUUUCAUUCCUGCUCCGACAGGUAAUGAGACAUGAGAACUCAAGUAUUUUGGAGCUGGAUGGGAAAGAAGUGUCCGAAUUUACGCCCUCCAAACCUCGGGAGAAGUGGCUUCGUAAGAGGACUCACGUAAAAAUACGGAACGUGACAGCUAACCAUCGUGUGAACGAUGCCGUGUUUACGGAGGACGGAGCGCAGAUGGUAACGGGCCGCUUCAUGUACGGGCCCCUGGACAUGGUCACCCUCACCGGCGAGAAGAUCGACAUCCACAUCAUGACCCAGCCUCCGUCUGGAGAGUGGGUCUACUUUGAUACGCAGCUCACUAACAGCAGCGGACGUGUCUCCUAUGUAAUCCCAGCAAACAGGAGACUGGGUAUUGGGGUGUAUCCUGUUAAAAUGGUGGUCAGAGGCGACCACACCUGUGCAGACAGUUAUCUCACUGUUGUGCCCAAAGGCACCGAGUUUGUCGUCUUCAGCAUAGACGGCUCAUUUGCUGCCAGCGUAUCCAUAAUGGGAAGCGACCCCAAAGUUCGAGCCGGAGCCGUGGAUGUGGUGAGGUUCUGGCAGGAUUUGGGCUACUUGAUCGUUUACGUCACGGGUCGCCCUGACAUGCAGAAGCAGCGCGUGGUGGCCUGGCUGUCCCAGCACAACUUUCCACACGGGAUCGUGUCGUUCUGCGACGGGCUCGUUCACGACCCGCUCAGACACAAGGCCAACUUCCUCAAAACGCUCAUCAGUGAGGCUCACAUGAAGAUCUUUGCAGCCUAUGGAUCCACCAAGGACAUCUCUGUGUAUUCCGCCCUCGGCCUCCCUCCUUCUCAGAUCUACAUUGUAGGAAGACCCACGAAGAAGAUGCAGCACCAGUGCCAGUUCAUCCCAGACGGCUACGCGUCCCACCUGUCCCAGCUCGAGUACAACCAAAGGUCUCGGCCGGCCAAGUCCACCAGUACCCGCAUGGUCCUCCGGAAGGGCAGCUUCGCUCUGGGUUCGGCCGCAGGAGAUUUCCUUCGCAAACGCAGCCACAUAUUUCGCACCAUUUCCUCCCAACCGUCUGGGAACUCGGGAUCCAGCUCAGCCAACCAGCAGGUCCGGACUGAGCGCACGCUGAGCCAGUGCGAAGGAGAGCGGGAGCGGUCUGUCGCUGCAGCAGCGCAGAGGAGUAUGAGUAUAGCAGCAGGGUGCUGGGGCCGUGGCAACAAGGAGGGCCCUAAGUAGGGUUAAUAGAGGAGGGAAACCAGGACUCGGCCUGAGCCAUCAUGAUCUCUGGAUGGAAAGAAGAAAACAGACAGUGGGAUCUGGGUGGAAUUACGCCAGGAAAAGUGGACUUUCAAAGCCAAGUGGGAGGCAGAGAUUAAAACUAAUCCGUAGCAUGAUUCUCUUACUCUCAGACUUUUAUAGGAAACAUCACUUUUAAAAUUAAGAUGAAAACAUUGUAAGCCUUAAAUGAAUCUCGUUCAACGGGACCCCUCCCCCCUCCUCUCUGUAGGACGCUCCGUCCAAUCAUUGACGCUCAUGAGCUCAGGACUGUUUCAUCCUCAGUCGAACAAGUCUGAGGACUUUAUUUGGCUCCACCCCCCACCACCUGGGUUCUACCGUUUCAAACAACGCCAACCACCAUGGUGGACAGGAGGAAGAAAACAUUCUCUGAAUCCAAAAGCAAAACAGAAAUAAAAAAAAGCAGAUAGUUUUGGUUUAUCUUGUUAAAAUAAGUGAAGAACAAAAAGAUUCUUCCAACACUGUUCCUCAUUUUUACACCUAUGGAAGGAAGAACAUCUUAGGCAAAAAUAAACAUCUUAUACUAUGGCUUUAUUUUUGAGGGCAGAUUGUAGAAACGGUUUCUUCUCAUUCUUUUAGUCGUUUAGAAAUUUUUCAAUGGCUCGUUAUGCCGUUAGAGAGCAGCAGUCAUUUCUUUCCACGGGUUUUUCCACAAUCUGUUGAUAGUGCUGAUAUUUCUGAGUUAAACACAGCAUCUCUAGAAGUUUAUAUUUGAAACAAAAGCUAGAAAUUUUCCUAGAAUUGUGGUUGGGAAAUUCUGUGGAGAUCCAAAAUCCAGAAUUUGGCCACGUGGACCUCGCUAAUACAUCAAGCGUAAACUAAGCUUAAUUCACCUGCAAAAAAAAUCAAAAAUAAAAUACCGAAUGUGAACCCUUAUUCUUUUGUUUCCAACUUUAACUUCCCCCUCAGGCGGUUAGGAAAUAUCAACAGAAAAGCUGCACCUUCUUAUAAGCUGCAUGGUUCAAAGCGUGGGGAAGAAAGUAGCGGCUUAUAGUCCGGAAAAUACGCUAAUUAUGAUAACUGUUGUGUGCGCCAUAUUCUGAAGAUGGUAUUUACCUUUUGAUCCAAAAUAAAUAAAUGAGUCACCUUAAGUGCCUUCUAAACUCCGUGCUUUGAAGAUUCCAACCCCUAUUACAAAAUCCAAUAUGGCUGCCUAAGUAAACCAUUUACUGCAUUGGAGUAACUAGAUCUGCCCCGCAAAAUUCAAAAAUCGACAUUGUUGCUAAUCCACACAAAAAAAACCCUGUUUAAACUAGAUUGUCAAAUUUCAGUGUAGUUUUAACACAUGUUAGAAACAUUAACAUUUAUUUAAAAACGGAUUUAACCUGAGUGUUGAAUUGUAUUCUAAUUGGUGUGUAUUUCUCUCCUGCGUCAAUCAACUAUGAUGAAGGCAAAGCAGAACAUGAACCAGUUUUCACACAUAAGUUACAUUUUCUCUGUCAAUAAAAUUCAACAGACAAUCCACUUUAGUUGGAAUUUCCUCUGGGGAAAUUUUAAGAUUUCAGACCUGAACUAUAAAAUCCAAUAUGGCUGCCAGCCUUUAAAAAGAAGAGAUAGCCACAAAAUAAACGGUUGGAUGAAUUGCCAUAAAAUCUGCCUUAAAAGUCACAUUUUUUAUGUUCUGUUUCCCUAUAUAAACAAAAAGCUGCUCAUUUGUGUUUUUAUUUGCUAGCAGGUUAAAAGAUCAUAUCAAACCAGCUGGAAUUUACCUUUAAAGCUGGAAAUGGAAAACAUCAAAUAAGCUACUGAGUUAAAUUGGUGUCUGUAUUUUGUCUAUUAACCAACUUUUAGUAGUGAAGGCGUUGCCAAAGUUUGAACGUCCGAAAUGCUAAAUGUUGCUUGUAUUACUGUUGCGAUAGUCCAGCCACUCUGCAUGUUGGCCAAUUCCGUCGCUUUCCAAUGGCUGAUUAAAAUAGGUUCAAUCUCAUUCCCAGAUCCAGGUCUGAUCAAAUGUAAAACCAAAACUGUCUGCUUUUAUCUAAAUUAGAGGAAGUCUAUAAUUGGAAUUAGUGAUUGCUUUAAUACGGUGUUUGGUUUGUGAAUUGUGUUGCAUCAUGUAGAGAAGCCCCUCCUGUCCCAGUCACAAAACAGGGUUGUUUGUAAUCUUCUGUUGUUCUUUUGUAAUGUUCAGUGCAUUGCAGAAGAGCAGGAGUCUUUAUUCCACCCAGUGUGGGGGACCUUCUGUGGUAUGUUUCCUUUCUGUGUGGCCUCUUGGCCAUCAAGGCCUUAAUAUCCCACAAGAUAUUGACUCUACAGAGAGAACGGAAAACAGAAAAAACUAACAAACAGGGCAUGCAGCAUUAAAGCAACAACUGAACUCUGCACAGUCCACAGCAACUAUCCCUUUAUAUAAUCAUCUGCUUGCAAUACCUCGAUCCACCUGCUGGUGGCGUUGUGCGCUCUGCUGCUGCAGCCGGGGGUCGACUAGGUGGUGUUUCUAGGAUCUGUGCUCCUGGCCUUUCUACAAAAACCAUACAUGAUGGACCAGUUGCUGCUUUUACUGGAACACGACUCAAGGUCGGUACCAAAACGUCCGAAAAUGAGCGGAAAUUAACGACUGGAUGGAUGAAUGUUAAGGUUGGGAGAAUGCUCUCCUUCACCAAGAUGGCAUACUAUGGUUUUUGCUGCUUUUUUCUACAAAAUUGUAGAUUUUCAUGAAAAAUGGAUGCUGGUAAAGAAGACGCCUCACGUCUUAUCAAGGAACUCAGAGUGGGUCAAACAGAUGAUCUCUGAUGAAUGAAAGGAACGGUCUGUAUGUUGUUAGUUGUAGAACAACUGUCAGGUCCUCCCUGGGACAGACGCUCAUCUUAUUUUGAAAGGGAAAGACUUUAGAAACAAAUGCCAUCCACUUUAAGUGAAAAAGAAAUGCCUCAGCAGAGUCAAAGUUUAUAUUCAAUUCAUUUCAGUUUAUUUCCAGUUAAUUUUAAUCCUGAAGCGUAUUAAAAAGUGGUCAGAAAGGACAGGGUUUGAGGAAAUACUGUUAUUUCUUUACAUUCAAUGCCAUAUGUCAGCACAAGAUCUAAAGUAUGAAGACAAGAAUGUGUGAGACAAUCACAUUUUGAACAAAGCCAAUACUAACACUUAAGCUAUCACAUUCAAUGUCAGCAUGGAUGUUAAAAUCCCUCACUAUGACGACCCUGUCAGUGUUUAACACCAAAUCAGAUAGGAAAACUCUUCUAAAAAUUCAGAGUAAGUAUCUGGUUGAUGAUACAAAGUAGUAAGUUUUGUGGCUUUGCAAUUUGGAGGUAGGAAACUAAGGGUUAAAUUUUCAAAAGAGUUCUAGUUUUUAACUGCCUUUGGAGUAAUCAGUAAGUCAGACUGAAAGAUUGUUGCUACUCCUCCUCCU